CGGCACUGAUCGCAGGCGUGACUUUGAACGGUCUGGCUGCGGUGCCUGUUGCUGAGCACACCCGGAGUAGCUGAACCUCCGCACCUGUUCUGCGUUUGUCAUGAGGCUGCUGGGCGCAGCCGCUGUCACGGCUCUGGGACGCGGGCCGCUCCCGCGGAUCCCGGCAGUCCCGGGCAGGCUGGGGAAGCAGGUUAAUUGGAAGGUCUGCCGAUGGUGUUCUUCAGGGGUGAUUCCUAACGAAAGGAUAAGAAAUAUUGGAAUCUCAGCUCACAUUGAUUCUGGGAAAACUACUUUGACAGAACGAGUGCUUUACUACACUGGCCGAAUUGCAAAGAUGCAUGAGGUGAAAGGGAAAGAUGGAGUUGGUGCUGUCAUGGACUCCAUGGAACUGGAGAGACAAAGAGGAAUCACCAUUCAGUCAGCGGCCACCUACACCGUGUGGAAAGAUACCAAUAUCAACAUUAUAGACACUCCUGGGCACGUGGACUUCACAAUAGAAGUCGAACGGGCCCUGAGAGUGUUAGAUGGCGCCAUCCUGGUGCUGUGUGCGGUCGGAGGGGUGCAGUGCCAGACCAUGACUGUGAAUCGGCAGAUGAAGCGCUACAACGUUCCAUUUCUAACUUUCAUUAACAAACUGGACCGGAUGGGCUCCAACCCCGCCAGGGCGCUGCAGCAAAUGAGGUCUAAACUAAGUCAUAAUGCAGCAUUUAUGCAGAUACCCAUUGGUUUGGAGGGUGAUUUUAAAGGUAUUAUAGAUCUUAUUGAAGAACGAGCCAUCUAUUUUGAUGGGGACUUUGGCCAGAUCAUUCGAUAUGAGGAGAUUCCAGCAGAAUUCAGGGCAGCGGCAGCUGACCACCGGCAGGAGCUGAUUGAAUGUGUUGCCAAUUCAGAUGAGCAGCUUGGCGAGAUGUUCCUGGAAGAAAAAAUCCCCUCAGUUUCUGAUUUAAAGCUUGCAAUCCGAAGAGCUACUUUAACUAGGUCAUUUUCUCCUGUCUUUGUGGGAAGUGCCUUGAAGAACAAAGGAGUUCAGCCUCUUUUAGAUGCUGUCUUAGAAUACCUCCCAAAUCCAUCUGAAGUCCAGAAUUAUGCCAUUCUCAAUAAGGAGGAUGACUCAAAGGAGAAAACCAAAAUCUUAAUGAACUCCAAGAGAGACAAUUCCCACCCAUUUGUAGGCCUGGCUUUUAAAUUGGAGGCAGGUCGCUUUGGACAGUUAACUUACGUUCGCAAUUAUCAAGGACAGCUGAAGAAGGGUGACACCAUCUACAACGCGAGAACAAGAAAGAAAGUGCGGGUGCAGCGCCUGGUGCGCAUGCACGCUGACAUGAUGGAGGAUGUUGAGGAAGCAUUUGCUGGAGACAUCUGUGCAUUGUUUGGCAUUGACUGUGCUAGUGGAGACACAUUUACAAACAAAGAUAAUAGUGGACUUUCUAUGGAGUCAAUUCAUGUUCCUGACCCUGUCAUUUCAGUAGCAAUGAAGCCAUCUAACAAGAAUGAUCUGGAAAAAUUUUCAAAAGGUAUUGGCAGGUUUACAAGAGAAGAUCCCACAUUUAAAGUCCACUUUGACACCGAGAGCAAAGAGACAAUUGUCUCUGGAAUGGGAGAAUUACACCUGGAAAUCUAUGCUCAGAGGCUGGAAAGAGAAUAUGACUGUCCUUGUAUCACAGGAAAGCCAAAAGUUGCUUUCAAAGAGACCAUUGCUGCCCCUGUCCCGUUUGAGUUUACACAUAAGAAACAGUCGGGCGGUGCAGGCCAGUUUGGAAAAGUGAUGGGUGUCCUGGAGCCUCUGGACCCGGAGAACUACACUAAGUUGGAGUUUUCAGAUGAAACAUUCGGGUCAAAUAUUCCAAAGCAAUUUGUGCCUGCUGUAGAAAAGGGGUUUCUGGAUGCCUGCGAGAAGGGCCCUCUGUCUGGUCACAAGCUCUCUGGGCUCCGGUUUGUCCUGCAAGAUGGAGCGCAUCACAUGGUGGAUUCCAAUGAAAUCUCUUUCAUCCGCGCGGGAGAAGGUGCUCUUAAACAAGCCUUGGCAAAUGCAACAUUAUGCAUUCUUGAACCCAUUAUGUCUGUGGAAGUUACGGCCCCAAAUGAAUUUCAAGGAGCAGUGAUUGCAGGGAUUAACCGGCGCCACGGGGUGGUCACGGGGCAGGAUGGGAUCGAGGACUAUUUCACACUGUACGCGGAGGUCCCUCUAAAUGAUAUGUUUGGCUAUUCCACUGAGCUUAGGUCAUGCACAGAGGGGAAGGGAGAAUACACGAUGGAGUACUGCAGAUACCAGCCGUGUUUGCCGUCCACACAAGAGGACCUCAUCAAUAAGUACUUGGAAGCUACAGGCCAGCUUCCUGUGAAAAAAGGAAAAGCCAAGAACUGACUCUCCUCACUUACAUGGACUAACUUGAACUGAAUCUGCAGGGGUUAGAUUUUUAAUGGCUUCCACUGGAAUGAAUUCAGGCAGAAACAAGAAAUUUUGGAAGUCCUUUCUAUUUUAUUCAGAAGCUGCUAUCAUGUCAAAGUUAAUUCUGUGUAUAUCUCAACUCUGUUGACUGCUUUUAUAGUUCACCUAAAAGCCUCAAAUAAAAUAUGAUUAUUACUGAAAUAUAUGCAAUAUUUAUUUUAAGGGGGAAGAAAUAUAUUAGUACACUUCUAAGCUUAGAGUGUGUAUAACCUUCCUUUCCAAAUUUUUAUCACAAGAAUUUUUAACAUAGAAGAGCUGAAGAACAGCACGAAGAGCAGCCAUGUAGUUUCCAUCGAGUGUCAACAGCGAACAGUUUUGUUAACGGUUUGUUUUGUAAUAUUUGUUUUAUCUGCUUGUCUGUUGUCUGUAUGUCUCAUACUUUUAUACUUUUAAUUUUUAAGAAAUGAUUGUUUUGCUAAACACUUGAAAGUGAAUUGUACACAUCAAGACCCUUCUUGGAGUAUCAUCUUUUCAUAGGCAGGCUUUUUUCUGUUGACAAGUAGAUUCCGUAGGAUCUAAGUAGAGAGCAUUUUUCAGAUUCUUCAUUGGGAUAUUCAAAUGCCAGCUGAAUUUCUAGCUGAUUUACAUAGAGCUGAUGGCUUCGGUUUGUGGGCUCUGCAAAUUUGUAGCUGCCUUCUCUUAGGAGUACAAAUGUUACCUCCUGAUGGACCAUGAGGUAAAUACACCCUUACAGGCAGUUGUUUAUGUUCACCUGAAGGUUUCUGCAGCUCUAAAUGAUAAACUGUAAUUUUCAGAGUCCCUGGUAGCCAGUUUCAUUCACCUACCAAAUGCUAGUGGAAUCUGCGUCUGCUGGACCUUCUCAUAUUGUAUUCACAGAGACUGGGACAGAGCAAGUGUCGAACUCUUGUUUUUGGAAUACGCUGGACUUCCUGGCAGCUCCACCACAUUGUUCCGGAUUUUCUCCUCCAAAACUCUGAUGUGACAGACAUACCCAAAUCCUUUCCUUUAGUGCAUGAUAGAAAUAAAAUAACUUUUAAAUUCC